CAAAAAGCGGGCCACAUAUUCCCCCCGCGUUUAUGUUAUAAGUACUGUACCUACUGUAUGUAUGUACAUACAAACAUAAAUCAGGUUAUUACCUUACCUGGCGUGCCAUCCCCUCGCUGCCUGAACCAACACUCGCAUCUCAAAUCUCGUCCCUCUACUGCAGAAUACUCACGUGCGCCUAGUGCCGACUCUUCCAACAUUCACACUCCUAAUCAACUCAACCAAACUCAUCGUUCUAAGCCCCAGACCAAGUUACAAGAACUGGUCUAUCUUUAAGGGUUCGUACCAUCAUUUACUAAGUUGCAAGCAACUUGCAUAUCACUCCAGCCCCAUACCAUCAUUACCAUGGUUGGACAAAUCAAAAUGAUCGAGAAGCCCCAGACAGCGUCUUGGGAUCUAAGUAUCAGCGACGCAGACUUCGCCAAGUUUAGACGCAGUCUCCUGGCAAAAGAUAUGGAUGACAAAUGGGCCUUUAUACCCAUGACCCCUCAAUACUUGGCGAAUCAAUUGAUAGGAUACUUUGGAACGACGGGAGGCGACUCAGACUCGAUGCGGGAUGGCCCCGGGGCCCUAGCGAACCGAGUCCUAAUGAAUGAACAACCGAUAGACGAAGAGUUGACGGAUGAAGAGUCAAUGGAUGAAAAGUCGACAGAUGGAGAGUCGAAGGAUCCCCAGGCUACACAGUGGACGGAUGAAGAGUCGGUGGAUGAAGACCCGGCACCAGUUGAAGAGUGGGAUUACGAGUCGGAGCCCGAAAAUGAUGACGACGACGAACCCUCCACAUUGGAUCUGCAUGAGUCUGGCUAUAUGUCCAUCGUCCGAGCCUGGUCGUCCUCGGAACACUACAGAAUUGCUGUCAAGCCAAGGGACGGGGACACCAGUGCCAAAAUCGUAUCCAUCACCUGGGACCCAAACGAGCACCCCGCCAUUAGCCUUCGGAAAGAGGCUCCCGGUCCUGGAACGUCGGAAGAAGUCGCCAAGAGGGAGGUUGUCAUUCUAUGUAGGGCAGAGCAUCACCUUGGGUGCCAUCUUGAGGCGGCCCCAGAAUAUGAUUGAGAAAGUUCGUCUUUUUUCACUAGGCGUUUCCAAGAAGGGCAGCCCAGGGCUGUUCAAGUGACGCCGAUCAACAUAUCAACUAUCAGGGACGAGUUGGGUUACGUGUUUUGUUUGUAGGGACUCGUGUUAGUGUAUGUACAUGUAGUUUUCAUCAUCGCCCUGAAUGCAAUUACUUUUGACAUCUAUGCU